AUGCAAUAUGUGGCAUUACGACAAUCGAAGAAGGAUAUGGGUCAGGAGUUCUAUGCUUAUUAUUCUAAAAAAGAAGAGAACAUUAAAAAGCAAAGGGAAGAUGUUUCACAAAACUUAAAAAGAUCUGCUGAUAAAAUGAAAGAAACUUGUUCGAAGAAAUUCAAGGAUGUAUUCGUUGGUUCCACCGUUUUGAUUGAUGUACCAAAAGUAGACAAAGGUCUACUACAAAUAGUAUUAGAGGGAUUGUAUUAG